AUGGAGACCCGCAAGAGGCACGUAGUUGACUCAGACGAUACAUCUCCCCCGAAGAAACGCAUAGUCAUGGACAUCAGCGGCACACCAACACCUCAACCAAACGGUUUUCCUGCAGACCACGACGAACCGAAGGAUGAGAAUCUUGAGAAUUUUAGAAAGGAGGCGAUAUACCGCCGUAUGAAGCAGUAUGCGAGAGAGAGCGAGAGGAGUCGCAGGAGGAUUGCCGACCUUGAACGUCGCAAGGUGGCAUGCGAAGUUGGCAUAACAGCACUGGAAGCUUGCUGGACACAGCUAUUUGAAAGCAUAAGAACAUUCGUACGGCCUGAGGAUGCGUCUGUGGUAGAUGAGACUGAGCACGAUAUACUCGAGGUGGUUGAGGACGCUUCCGAACCACUGGAUGCCGUGCAACACGCGUUGGACCACAAGAUGUCAGCGACACAGAAACUGGUGACUACCUUCGUACAAGGGAGCAGGGAGGUGGACGUUAGCCUUAUACAAGAACGACUAUCCCAAAGUUAUCAGAAGGUACAAUCCGAGUGCGCUACAUUACGGACUGAGCUCGCGCUUCUACGAGCGAAGUUACGCGAUGUCCACGCCCAGAAAGAUCGAUAUCAUGAGGACCUUAUAGCUGUGGAGAAGCGAGUGGAUCGUCAGAGUAGCCGCACUGUGCAGGCUUCGCAGCCGAAACCGGGUUCGGCAUUUCCGGACACGCAACAAGACAAUCGCGAGCAAAGUCAUCCGUCGACUUCCGUCUCGCCAGCACCCUCACCGGCUCCGAAUGGACAUCCAGUUGUUACAACCUCCGAGGCCACCGACCCCACCAUCGUUGAGCUUCAAGCUGCCGUCGCCUUCCGCGACAAAACCAUUGCUGACUUAGAGAGCGAAGUCGGGAAGCUAAAAUCUCAGGUCUUGCAUCUGCAAGUCGACCUUGCAAACAUGCCAGAGGAGACAGUCACAGAGUCUCCACAUUACCGAGUGCUUCUAGAGGUUGCGUCGCUCCGCGAGCAUGAGUUGCAGGAGUCCACGGAGAAACUGGAGACGCUGCGGAAAGAGCUGGCGGAAACCAAAGCCUACCGCCUUGAACUGCAAGAAAGCGCCGUGGCAUCGAAAGACCAGGAAAUACAAGAGCUCAAGGCACUUAUCACGAAGCGUGACAAUGAGAACGCACGCCUACGUGAGCAGCGUGAUCAGCAAGCUGCGGAGCUCACGGAGCGCAAGCACAAGGAUGCCGUGAAGAUGGCCUCUAUCACCGAAUUUAAGAUGCUUGCUCAGACACGCGAAGAACGCAUCGCUGUUCUCACAUCCGAAUCGACCAGGCUUAGAUCAUUGCUGGCGGCGAAUGCAGGCAACGAGGAUCUUAUGUCGUUCUUCCUACGCGAACAAUCGGAAGGAGGAUCAUACAUCGACGACCUGAAGUCGCGUCUCCAUGCUGCAGAAGAGCGUGCGUCGGCCUUGGAAGGCUCCCUUGCAAGCAUUCAGCGGGAGAAUCCCGACAUCGCCCAGCACGUCAAAAACGAAGCUGAGGCACGGCGGCAUUUGUCAGAAGUUUCCAAGGAGCUGGACACCUUCCGUGCUGCGUUUGGACCGGUAUCCCAACAGCCACCGGAGGUGCAGGCCAUGGCCCAACGCCUUACUCAGAAGGAGGAUGAAUUACGGGCAGCACGUCUGCAAAUACAGCACUUCACACAAGCUGAGAGCGCAAUAUACACCGAGCUUGAUAAGCUCAGUGCUGCGUGGGAGGCACUGGACCGGCAGGUAAAGAACAAGGUCUUCGAGCUGCAUGGUAUGGAGGAAAAGUUGACAAAGGCUGGGCUUGAGAAAGCGAGGUCGGACAACAAGUUCUACUCGGCUAUGCGCGAUAAAGAGGCAACUGAACUGGAGCGCAAGAACCUUGCACGCAACUUCGAGAAACAGUCCAAGGUUCUAGAACGACUAGGAGAGCUCGAGAAGAACCUCAGCACCAAACUGAGUACGCUUGAGAUGGACUUGGCUGUGCAAAAGAACGCUGCGGAGGCUUGCUUGCGGCAAAAGGAGGAGAUACGUGUCCGGCUGGUUGCCUUGCAGCAGAGUGCGGCGGAAAAUGAUCGAAGACUACAAUCGGCUUUCGGAAAAGUACAGGAGAAAGAUGAGAGCCUCGAGAAGCUGAAGAUUGAGCUGCGGAAGAAGGAGCAAGCACUCAACAGCGAGAAGCAGCAAGCCGAAAUGGAGAUGGCAAAAGCUAAAGCCGUCACUAGAAGCUCGAAUCCCGGCAAAACUCGCGAACAAGAGUUGCAGAAUGAGGUUGACAAGUGCAUGGUCAUCCUCAAAUGCUCGACCUGCAAGAUGCGGAUGCGAAACACAGUGAUCACGAAGUGCAUGCAUUCUUUUUGCAAAGAGUGCGUGGACGCCCGUAUUCAGACCCGGCAGCGGAAGUGUCCAGCGUGCAACCUACAGUUUGCCCAGACCGAUGCACAGACGUUGUUCUUCCAGUGAACAUCUUGAUGAUAUACUCAUGUCGUUUGAUUACCCCCAUUCACUUAUUCCCUUCGUACAUGUAAAUUAUGACACUAAUGGCGUAUUCUGG